AUGGCGACAAAAGAAGAACUCAUAGCUUCCGAGCCAACGAAGUCUCUCGACCUCCUCGACACAGCAGAAGGCGAAAUCGUCGACCCCAAAGAACAGUCCUUGCUCCGUCGUAAACUAGACCUGCGACUGAUGCCGCUGUUAUGUAUCACCUACGCUCUACAGUCCAUUGACCGCACGACUCUCAGCUACGCCGCAGUCUUUGGCGUCCGUGAGGACAUCGGCCUGACCGGCUCAGAGUUCUCCUGGGCCGGCGCCCUAUUAUACCUUGGCUACCUUUUCUGGGAGUUCCCUACCAACGUGAUGCUUCAGAAGCUACCGAUCAACACAUUCAUGUCUGCGACCGUCAUUCUGUGGGGUGUAGUCCUCAUGUGCCACGCCGCGUCACAUAGUUUUGCAGGACUUGCGGCGACAAGGACAUUCCUGGGUGCGCUGGAGGCGUCGAUCAACCCCGGCACGAUGCUGUUGUUCUCCAUGUAUUACGCACGCAGAGAACAACCAGUACGCAUGGGAAUCUGGAUCGGGUCCGCGGGGUUGGGAUACAUCAUGGCGGGCAUCGUGUCUUUUGGGAUCGGGCAUAUCCAGGGGUCGAUCGCGAGCUGGAGGAUUCUGUUCCUCUUUUGGGGUGCGGUAACGGUUGCUUGGGGGAUUUUGAUGCUCAUCUUCCUCCCAGGUUCGCCACUCACGACCAAGUUUCUGAGCGAGAAGGAGAGGGGGACAGUCAUCAACUGGGUUAAGACCAACGGCUCGGGCGUUGAGAACAAGAAGUUCAAGUGGCCUCAGUUCAGAGAGGCGAUGAUGGACCUGAAGACUUGGUUGUUGUUCAUGUUUGCCGUGGCGAGUAACUCGCCUAAUGGAGGGUUGACGACUUUCCAAGGUCUCGUUAUCAAGGGUAUGGGAUUCUCAACUCUCCAGACAACUCUCAUUCAGAUGCCUUCUGGAGGAGUGCAGCUCAUCUUGUGUCCAUUGGCAUGUUUCUUCGCCUCAUACUACUCGAACGCCCGUAUCGCCAUCAUGCUCAUUUGCCUUAUUCCUUUUCUUGUGGGAAUCCUAGGUCUCUGGCUUAUUGACCAGUCCAAUCCGUAUGGCCGCCUGGCCUGUCUCUGGAUUUCCUUUGCCUACACUGCCGCCUGGACGCUCUCCAUGUCGGUUGCGACGGCCAACACAGCCGGCCAUACCAAGAAGAUCACGACAAAUGCAAUGCUGUUGAUUGGAUACUGUCUGGGAAACUUUGUAGGCCCCUUCUUCUUCAAGGCGGAACAGGCUCCGAGGUACACGCUUGGCGUGGCGAUGAUGAUAUUCUGCGUCGGCCUGCAGAUUGUUUGCCUGGUUAGCAUCUGGGUUCUUCUCUGGGCCCGCAAUCGCUCCAGAAAGGCCGGGCAUGCAAACAGCCAGGAGAACGAACGGCAAGCAUACGAGCGGGGUCUUCUGGAUCAGACGGAUCUGGAGAACAAGUACUUCAAGUACGUCUAUUAA